AUGUCGGCUGAUAAAGAGGACAAAAAAUACACCGAGGAUCCAAAGAAAUUGGGAAGAAUCAUGGAGAUAUUGCAAAUGAGUAAAGCAAUGCAAACGCGCUAUAAGCUGAUACCAUCAAGUCAUUUGAACGAUGCAACUCAAGCUGGGAUAAGAGAUAUGCAUUUAGGUCGAAUCAAGAAUGGAGAACCUACUGGUAAAUUGAAAUGGAAACAAAUAAUAAAAAUUUAUCUUCAUGAAAAUGAUGAUCAUGAUGUAUUAUCAACUAUUAUUAAACACUACAGACUUCCUAUUAUUCGAUUUGACAAUCCACAUAAAGGAGCUGAUUUUCAUCAUAUUAAUAUCGAUCCAAAAGGAUAUCCAAACAAACUCAAUCCACAUAUCGAAGUAUCUGGAAAAGUUAUACAGGGUGCAAAGGUAGCAAAUACAACAUUGAAAUAUGUUGGGCGAGGUCUUCUUGUGGUGUCCUUGAUAACUGAUGGAGUAAGAUUUAUAAAGGCAGUAUGGGAUGAUGUUAAUGUGGAAGAAGAAAUUAAUUUCUAUAAAGAGGCAAUAAGAGAAUUAAGACAACAUUUGGAAGAAGAAAAAGAUGGCGAAAAACGGAAAGAUAUUCGAGAAAUCGUUGAAUACUUAGAAGCGUGUUUGAAAGAAGCACAACGAAGCAAAACAGUACCGUAUAAAACCAUAACGGUGAGUGCUUCUAUAGCCGGUGGAUGGAUAGGUGGAGCAGGAGGGGCAGCUGGUGGAGCCUGGUUGGGAACAGAAAUUGGUGCAGGUAUUGGUGCAACGUUGGGUCCAGUAGGUGCAGCUGUUGGUGCUCCAAUAGGUGCUGUUGUUGGAGGUCUAAUUGGUGGUAUUGCAGGAGGGAUUACAGGAAGCAUUGCAAUUGAAUAUAUCGCUCAUGAACUUUUGCAACUGAUGGAUUAA